GCGUGAUGAUGCAAAAUUCGCGCGACGGCACCUCACGUUGAGGUUUUCAAUGAAUUACUGGCGCACUAUUGUUUUCACUAAAUGUUUGUAUGAGAAAUAAUUUCCCUGUAAAAUAGUAUUGACAUGAACAGCCGGUUGCAAGAAAUACGUGAAAGACAGAAGCUCAGGCGGCAGCUUCUUGCACAACAGCUCGGGGCAGAGAGUCCCGACAGCAUCGGUGCAGUUCUAAAUAGUAAAGAUGAACAAAAAGAGAUCGAAGAGACCAGAGAGACAUGCAGGGCAUCAUUUGACACAUCAGUUCCUGGUGCUAAAAGAAGAUGUCUGAACGAUGGUGAAGACCCAGAGGAGGAUGUGGAGGAGAGGGAAGAUGUUGAGCUCCAACCGCAGGAGGAGAGCGGACAAUAUGAAGAGGUGUACAAAGACUCCAGCACUUUCCUAAAGGGCACUCAGAGUUUAAAUCCUCACAAUGAUUACUGCCAACACUUUGUGGACACAGGUCAUAGACCUCAGAAUUUUAUCCGAGACGGAGGUUUGGCUGACAGAUUUGAGGAGUACCCAAAACAAAGAGAGCUCAUCCGACUAAAAGAUGAACUGAUUGCUGCCACCAACACCCCACCCAUGUAUCUGCAGGCCGAUCCGGACACAUUUGAUCUGAGAGAUUUGAAGUGCAAGUUUGAUGUGAUUCUGAUAGAGCCUCCACUGGAGGAGUAUUACAGAGAGUCAGGCAUUAUUGCCAACGAGCGCUUUUGGACCUGGGACGACAUCAUGAAGCUGAACAUAGAGGAAAUCUCAUCUAUUCGCUCUUUUGUAUUCCUGUGGUGUGGUUCAGGAGAAGGGCUUGAUCUUGGCCGAAUGUGUCUGAGGAAAUGGGGCUUCAGGCGAUGUGAAGACAUUUGUUGGAUCAAGACUAACAAAAACAACCCUGGCAAGACCAAAACGCUGGACCCUAAAGCAGUGUUCCAGAGAACUAAGGAGCACUGUCUGAUGGGUAUCAAAGGUACAGUUAGACGGAGCACAGAUGGCGAUUUCAUUCAUGCUAAUGUGGAUAUAGACCUAAUCAUCACAGAGGAGCCAGAGAUGGGCAAUAUUGAAAAGCCAGUGGAGAUUUUCCACAUCAUUGAACAUUUCUGCUUAGGCCGUCGACGGCUGCACCUCUUUGGCAGGGACAGCACCAUCAGGCCAGGUUGGCUGACUGUGGGCCCCACACUGACCAAUAGUAACUUUAAUGUAGAAGCUUAUGCUGCCCACUUCAGUGAGCCCAACUCUUACUUGUCUGGUUGUACUGAAGAAAUCGAGAGACUUCGUCCCAAAUCCCCACCUCCCAAAUCCAUGGCAGAGAGAGGUGGGGGUGCACCACGUGGCGGACGGGGCGGUCCCGCUGCGGGAAGAGGCGAUAGGGGUCGGGAAAGAAAUCGCCCAAACUUCCGCGGAGAGCGAGGUGGAUUCAGAGGCCGUGGAGGCCCACAUCGUGGAUUCCCUCCCCGAUGAUAAUGCACAUCGUGCCAACUUUGAGACUGAAAACAGAAAAUGUGAUGUGUCUGAUAUUUUUGUACCUGUUGUUGCUCUCGGUAGGAAUCAUAUUGUUUUGUUAGGGUGUUAACAGAGAGCGGGAAUUUUUUUAAAUGACAUUAAUACCUAAUUCUGAAUGACCUUGUCAACUGUCAAUGAGUUGACAAUGCAAGUCACAUGCAAAUAUAUUUGUAAGUAUGUUAUGCAACCUCAAUUAAACCCUGAUUUUUUUAACAAACAUUUCAAAGGAUUAUUUAGAUUCUUUGUUUAUUUUUACAUUUGCACAAUGAAUGUUGUGUUUUUUUUGUUUUUUUUUUUGUCCUUCUCUAACCUGAAAAUCAGAGGGCUUCUCCUCCUGCCAUGUGCACACUGUCCUGUGGAGGGCAGUAAGGCUAAGUUUUAUGAUCAGUCUCAAAUGAGCUUAUUGAUUCUGUCAGUAGUGACAUGUAGAAUUACUGGUUUGCAGUAAAUAAAGCCAACCUAAGUGCUGUUUUCAGUUUACAGGGGGUUGGUUUGUGGUGAGGAGCUGCAUCAUCAGAAAAGUAAAAUAUCUUGUUUUUAUUAAGGCUAGUUCUAACUUGAGACCACUUUAUUCUUAAUAUUAAGGCUUGCGGGUUGCUACAUAAACACAAGAGCUGAGAUCUGGGCAUGAAUUGUGCAAUUCUGGGUGAUUUAAAAUGUCUGGAACAUUCAAAAUGUAACGUUAUAUCCAUGUCAAUAAAAUAAAAACACGAGGCUCCGAUGCAAGUUGAGAACAGUGGUUCUCAACCAGGGGACCUGGAUCCACCAGAGGGCCUCUAGAUUACUUAAAAGGAGUUCUUUCUUUUUUUU